CAUACAUACAUGACAUCAGUGCUCAGACAUGAAAGAUAAGGCCAGUUCAGGCAUUUUGGAUACCAUUCUUUGAUUUUGUUCCCAUAUUUUUGCCACAAUUUGUCCGAUAAGCGCAAGAUAUCGAUGUAUUGGUGGUCACAACACUCUCUUUAAUCCAAAUAUCUGUGACACCGUUUGGCGCAUUCGUGUGAUUGUCUGAUUGUGGGUCACAUCACACCCGUGACCACAAACAGUGGUCCAAAUGCCGCCGUAUUUAACACAACCGCACUUCUCCAACAGCCUUCUCAUCAAACGGCUGCUGACGGCGCCCAUCAGUGCGGCCGAAGCUCAGGGCCAGGCCAUCGCCGAUAGGGAUGAGACGGUCACCGCCAACAGUAUUAGUUCGACGAUCGCCGGCACCAUUGCCUCCACGCUGUCCACAACGACUACAGCGGCGCCGGUGGUCACGGAAGGCAUGAUCGUCAGGAUGGAGAAGUCGGGCGAGAAGAUCAUGGAAGCCGUGGCCGAGAAGACACACAUUCCCUUUUGGGGCGUCUUUUUCAUAUUCCUGGUCAUCGUUGGCGUCUUUCUCGUCGUCUUCUACUGCUUCCUACAGCGCUGGUGGAGAAAGUUUAGGGGCAAAGAGGGAAAGGGGUUUAUGGGCGGCAAAGUUGACCUCAGGUCCGUACAACUCCUGGGACAGGCCUAUAAGGAAAAGGUUCAGCCGGAUAUGGAGGAACUGGCGGCUAAUAUGGAGGACAACGAGAACGACAAGGAGUCCAACAAAGAAGAGGUCAAAUUAGGCAGACUUCAGUUCAAGAUAGACUAUGAUUUCAACCAGGCUAAUGUUCAGCCGGAUAUGGAGGAACUGGCGGCUAAUAUGGAGGACAACGAGAACGACAAGGAGUCCACCAAAGAAGAGGUCAAAUUAGGCAGACUUCAGUUCAAGAUAGACUAUGAUUUCAACCAGGCUAAUUUAUCCGUAUCAGUACUGCAAGCAGAAGAACUUCCCGGUCUCGACAUGUCUGGAACGAGUGAUCCUUAUGUUAAGGUUCCGUACGCAGAGAUAACUACAAAAACCCUUAUACCGUUAAAUCAAAUAGACCUUGCACAAACUAUUGAGGAAUGGAGAGACUUGACUAGUGUGGAAGGGGAGCAAGGACAGGAAAACAAGUUGGGAGAUACUUGCUUCUCAUUACGAUACGUACCGACGGCUGGAAAGUUAACGGUUGUUAUACUUGAGGCCAAAAAUCUCAAAAAGAUGGACGUCGGAGGACUCAGUGACCCUUAUGUUAAAAUUGCACUCAUGAUGAAUGGAAAGCGAUUGAAGAAGAAAAAGACAUCCAUAAAGAAGUGUACACUUAAUCCUUAUUAUAACGAAUCGUUUACUUUUGAGGUACCGUUUGAACAAAUUCAAAAAGUCCAGUUAGUGGUCACUGUUGUCGACUACGAUAGGAUCGGCACUUCCGAACCAAUUGGCAAAGUUGUGUUGGGCUGUAAUGCCUCGGGUACUGAACUGAGACAUUGGAUGGAUAUGUUGGCGUCGCCCCGAAGACCUAUAGCUCAGUGGCAUUCCCUAAAGGAUCCGGAAGAUAGCGGCGGAAAAGAAAACUAAAGAAAAUAUAUAAAAACACUUUUUUCAUUCAUACUUCAGAUAUUUUAAGAGACAACUUUUUAUUAUUAUUGUGUUUUUCAAUCGUCGAGUAAUUACUUGUGUUUUUCUAAACAAAUUUUAUUGUAUUGUUUUCAGAGUAUUUAUCUUAUUAUAUCAUGUGAUUACAUAUAAAUAUAUAUCUUAAGUAUAAACACCUUUUGGGCUAAAGACAACUUUAAACAAUUUUAGUAAUUAUUAUUAUAUUACCUAAAAUCAACAUUAUAUUCAAUUUGAUAUGAACUUUUGUUUGAUUAUUUUGUAAUAGAUUUUUAAAAUCUAAGUCUUUUAGAGCAGAGUAUUUAAUACUUUUAACCAUUUAUGUUCAUUUUGUCUGAAUUUUGUAUUUUCUAAGUGAGUGCUUUAAUUGUGGUUUUGGAUAUUUUGUUUUAUGUAAAUGAUAAAAAUAUAAAAUACUGGUAAAAACAUAAAAAUGCACAAAACAUUCCCACAAACUGUUCAAAUAUCAAUACAUUUAACCAUUUCGUUUAAAAACCAAAACCAAAAUUUAUUCUUCAAUUAUUAUUGAUAUUAUAGACUAUAACUCAUAAAUUAAUCUUCAAAUCAAUACAUAUAGAGACAGAGAGUGUCUAACAGAGGAAACCGUGAAAUUGUGAGUGCCAUAUAUGCCAUACAUUUCCAUAUCUUAAGCAAACCAAUAAAAUUAUAUUAACCUAAAGCAAAAACAAUUCAAAUCAAUUAGUGAUUUAUUAUUUAAGAGAUAUAUUGAUGUUAUGUUAGGUUCACCACAGUAUUGCAAAUGAAUGUCAAAGUGAACACAUGAGUGAAAUUAAACAGAUUGUCUAUGUUUUGGUAAAUGUACUAAAAAUGUACAAUUGAAGUGAAUUUUUCUUGAAAUUAAACCAAAUGUCUUGAAAAUGAAAUAUUUAUUUAAAACAAUUUACAAAUACAUUCUACUUUGUUUUCCAAAUCUCAAAAUCAUAUGAAAUAAUUAUUAAAUUGUAAAUACCAUACUAUUACAGUAUUCUAAUUAUUUAGACCUCACGUAUAAAAAAGCACUUUAUAUUCCCAAUUAAAAUAUGAUUUCGAGAAAUCUUGUAAUUAACCCUGAAAUUAGUUUCACAUUGUUUUGUUGUGAGUAAUAUAUAUAUGUAUUUUUGUUGGAUUAUAUGUUAUUUGGAAAUUAAUUCCCGAUUUAGUUCCCCUCUCAAAGACCUGUAUCUCAUUGAGGCUCAGGUGGAGGGCAGCGAAACACAUGGAUCUCAAAUUUAAACGUUUAUUAUAUAUAAUAUACUAUUAUAUUAUAUAACAUGAAUAUAAACAUUGAUUAUUGCUAAUAAAUUAUUAGUUUCUUAAUUAUCGACAGAUAAUGACAUAAUAAUCAAUAUUUAUUAUUCACUUAUUAUUAUUAUUAUUAAAUAUUUCAAACUAAUGGUUAUUAAAUUUUCAAACCAAAUAUGUAAAUUUAUAUUAAACAUACAAAAAUGAAAUUGUCAAAACAAUGAUUCAGUUAAGCCUAUUAUUUGAUAAUUGAAAUGUUAUUUUAUUGUCUAUAUUGAGUAACAUAUUGUAAUCAAAUAUUAUUAUUAUUAUUAUUGUUGUUAAUAUUUUUAAAAUAAUAUUUUAAAAAUAUAUUACUAGAGUAGAAUUGAGUAAAUUCUAGUCAACAAAUUUUAUGUAAAAUAUUAAAUAAUAAUAAUAAUAAUAAUUUAUGAAGUUUUAAGUAACUAAUUAUUAAUUAUUUAAAAAUUUUAAUACAAUAUCAACAACAAUCCAAAUUAUAACGAAUACAAUUGUAUUGUAAUUAAAAAAUAAAUUAUGAUUAAAACAUU